UUAUAAGUCCCGCCUCUCGCUCUAAGUUUGACACAAGAUCGAUCGACUCAGAAACAUGACAGAAAUAGCUCCGGCGGCUAUCCGAUCCUCGGCAAAAAUCCCGAUGAAGAAGUCCACCUCCCGGACCAAGAAGGAUGGACCCAGCAUCUCCAAACUCAUCGUGGACGCCGUGGCCGACUCCAAGGAACGUAAAGGGGUUUCUCUGGCGGCGCUCAAGAAACUCCUGGCCAGGAAUGGCGUCGAUGUGACCAAGUCCAACAAGCGCAUCAACAGCGCUAUUACCAAGCUGGUGACAAGUGGAAGCCUGAGCCGGACUAGAGGGACCGGAGCAUCCGGGUCCUUCAAGAUACCUAAGGCUAAGAAGAAGAAGCCCAAAACCGCAAAACCAGCGAAGAAGGCAACUCCGAAGAAGAGGAAGGCUCCCGCCAAGGCAAAGAGACCAGCCGCCAAGAAGUCACCGAAAAAGUCACCGGCGAAGAAACCAGCCAGGAAGUCUCCAAAGAAGGGACCGGCAAAGAAAGCAGCCAAAAGGGUAAAAGGGAGCCCCAAAAAGAGCACCAAAAGGAGCCCCAAAAAGAGCCCGAAAAAGGCCACAGCUAGGAGGCCGAAGCCAGCUAAGAGGCCGGCAGCCAAGAAAACGCCGGCAAAAAAGCGCCCAGCUAAGAAGGCUAACAGGAGCUACUGGUAA